AUGCCUUUUAUCCACUCCGGCAGCUACACCCAGCCUGUUGACGAGUCUGUCCCCGUCUCCCAGCUCCCGGCUUGGUUUGAAGGAAUCAAGCUCAACUGGGCAGAGAACUUUCUCUGGAGCCGUAGCGCCAAUGAUGCCCCUGGUACGAGGACCCAGCUGAACAAGGAGGACUCCAAGAUUGCGCUCACCGAAGUGCGCGAGGGCAACACCGAGGUUCGGCACAUGACGUGGGCUGAGCUGCGGAGGAGGGUGGCCGAACUGGCGACGGCGUUGAAGGAGAGGGGCGUCGAGAGGGGAGAUCGAGUCGUCAUGGUGGGAGCACACUCGGCCACGACUCUGCUUGUGUUUUUGGCAACGACCUGGCUGGGUGGGUUGUUCAGUAGUAGCUCGACUGAUAUGGGGGUCGGUGGGUUGCUGCAGAGGACGGUGCAGAUUGAUCCCAAGUUUGUCUUUUUCGACGAUGGCGCCAUGUACAAUGGUAAAACAAUUGAUCUGCGUGACAAGAUUCAAGGAGUCAUGGAGGGACUGCAAGAAUGUCCGUCUUUCAAAAAGAUUGUCGUCGUUCAGCGUUUUAAGCAGCCUUAUUCUACGGACAACAUCUCCAACACGGAGCGAUUCGACGACUUUCUCCUUUCCAAGGGAUACAAGCAGCCGCCUCCCAUGGUUCGCAUCGGCUUCCAGGACCCCAUGAUUGUCUACUAUUCCUCUGGAACGACUGGUAUUCCAAAAGCAAUUGUCCACGGGGUGGGACCUCUCCUCAUAAGCACACGCAAGGAGGGCAUUCUACACCGUUGCGUCACUCCAGAUGACGUUGGGCUGCAAUACACCACCACCGGAUGGAUCAUGUACCUGUCCAGCGUGUCGCAGUUGGCCUUGGGGGCCAGGGCCGUGUUGUACGACGGCUCGCCGUUCAUCCCUGAUCCCACCGUCUUGCUGAAGAUUGCAGAGCAGCAGGGCGUGACGACACUGGGCCUCAGUCCGAGAUGGAUGACGGAGCUGAUGAAGCGCGACAUUGCGCCUAGAAAGGUGGCUGACCUGUCCAAGCUGCGAAGAGUCGUCAGCACAGGCAUGGUGUUGCCGGACCAAAUGUUUGAAUGGUUCUACGACGUGGCGUUUCCACCACAGGUCCAGCUCGCCAACAUCUCUGGAGGUACCGACAUUGCUGGCUGCUUUGUUCUCGAGAACCCUCUCACCCCCGUCCACGUAGGCGGUUGCGUCGGUGGCUCGCUCGGCGUCCCCAUUGCCGUCUACGACCACGAUCUCCCCGACGGCAGCGACGGCAAACCACUUCCGCUUGGUCAGGCGGGCGACCUAGUUGCCACGGCUGCUUUCCCCAACGUGCCUCUAUUCCUGUGGAACGACGACGCGCCCUCGCCCGGUAAGAAGUACCGCGGGGCCUACUUUGACCGCUUCAACAAGGUCUGGGCGCAGGGCGACUUUUGCGUCUUCCACCCCAAGACUGGAGGCAUGCUCAUGCUCGGUCGAUCAGACGGCGUCCUCAACCCUAGCGGUAUCCGGUUUGGCAGCUCCGACAUCUAUGCCGUCCUCGAGAGGUGCUUCCCCGCCCAGGUUGCCGAGUCUCUGUGCGUAGGACAACGACGCCCGAGCGACCUUGAUGAGCGGGUCGUCUUGUUCUUGAUUAUGAAGCAAGGCCACGAGCUGGACAAGAAGAUGGUCAGAAGCAUCAAGGACACCAUUGCCAAGGAGUUGACCAAGAGGCAUGUGCCCAAGUACAUCUUUCAAGUACCCGAAAUCCCCGUCACUGUGAACGGGAAGAAGGUCGAGUUGCCGGUAAAGAGUAUCAUUUCAGGGAAGACGGUGAAGCCGAGUGGUACCCUGUUGAAUCCGGGUAGCUUGGAGUAUUUCUAUAGGUUCCAAAAGGUGGAAGAGUUGGAUGAGCCGGUUGCCAAGUUGUGA